AUGAAGAGACGCAUGGCUAUAGCAUUCCAGAUGGCGAGCGCAGACUCCGUCGACGAGGCCGCCUCCUUCGGAUCCCGUCAAGACGUGUUGGCUCUUCGUCCGUCCGCCAGACUUAAGCCUGGUUCCUUCAACAACUUCGAGGAAAACAUCGUGGCAAAAACGUCAUUCGGAUCAUCUUUCCAUGCUGUUAAUACUCGAACAAAUAGGAAUUUUGGAAAGCAUAUAAUUAGUUGA